AUGAGUUCAUACGACGAGGAUUAUGACGAUGAAGAUUUAGAUGUGCCAACAACAGAAACACAAAAGCCAAAAGGAAUUGGUUCACUUUCUAUUGGAUUAUCUCUUGCCCAAUCCGGUAAGAACCAGAAGGACAAGACUGAACAAGAGCUUCUGGGCGAAGAAGUAACCGUUCUCUUCAAGCUUGAAUCACGAGGUGGUGAAGUUAAAAAGCAUUCUGUGAAUAUGGGUCGUCCCAUUGAAUAUCUCAAGCUUUUGUUGGAAAGAGAGCACGGAAUUAACUUUGAUAGUCAAAAAAUGUUUUUGAAUUCAAAGGAAUUGGCCAACUUUUUAAGUUUGCAAGAUAUUCCGGAAAUUGAUCCAAAGAAGGAGAAUGUAAUUGUUGUAAAGGAGGCAUAA